AUGACGGCGGCAAGAUUGACACGCGCAACAGAUCCUACAGCCCAUUGUAUUACCUACGUCUUCUCCACUCGCGUUAUCAUAUCCAUCCACAUUACUAAUGGCCGCCAGGAAACGACCAUCAUCAUCCAGGCGGUCUCCGUCUACGGGCAGCCGCCCGGACUCUCAGUCCAGGCUCCCGUGAAGCCCCUGAAACCUCUGAGCCACGAACCCGGAGGCCCCCAUACCGUCUCGGUCCGGCUUGUCGCCGUCAGGGGCGGCUACGAUGAGCACACGGUCCGGCGCUGGGCAGAAACUGGCCAAUGCUUUGUCAGGCUCGACUGGGGAUUUCCGAACUGUAACUACCCCAAAUUCACGACCCGCCACCUGCUCACCAGCCCGGGCGCGAGCUCGGGGGACGUGAGCUUCAGCGGGGGACUCGACUGGGCCGAGAGAAUGCUCAACGCCCUGAGGCAACUCCACGCCACCGACUACCCCGAUCCUCCUCCUCCUCCUCCUCCUCGUCCUCUUCUUCUUCUUCCGACGCCGACACCAUCAUCGCGCGGCCCUCUCGCGCGGCUCUUGCGAGCGAAGACGGAGGACGGGUGCCCCGCUUCCGCGGCCCGCGAGUUGGACGACGACCAGGUCUCCAACUCGUCCGUGGCCACCUGCCUGACCGCCGCCUCGGACUCCAGCGCCGCCUUCUCGGAGCCGCCGGAGCCGACAACAACAACAACAACGGCGACGGCGACGAUGAAUGAUGACGACCACCGUCACGCGAACGAGGAGCGAACAGGAGACGGUGACGGUGACAGUGACGGUGACGGUGACAGUGACGGUGACGGUGACAGUGACGGUGACGGUGACAGUGACGGUGACGGUGACGGUGACGGUGACGGUGACAGUGACGGUGACGGUGACGGUGACGGCGAUAAUGUCGACAGCGACGGGAGCAGCCAGGUGGGGCAGGAGGAAGAGGAAGAGGAGGGAGAGCGGCGGCAGUCGAGCCGGUACUGGUACCCCCCCGGCCUGCCGAGGUUCUAAUAGUAGAGACCGACUUAGGUUAACCUCUCUCUCUCUCUCUCUCUCUGCUGCUGCUGCCGCCGCCGCCGCCGAAACUGUAUUUCUGCCGCGAGGCAAACAAUUAUACGUUGACUUUAGGGGGAGAAAGAAGGAAAGGAGGGACGAAAUGGGAAGAUAUCAGGUAAGUGCGCCAGGAAACAAGAAAAUAACAAGAUGGACAGGCUGAGUGACGAACAGGAAAGGCGCUUGGUUGUUCUUCAUUUCCUUUUUUUUUUUUUUU